ACCUCAGUCCUACCAAAUUUUUUUCCCCUAUUGCCCUCGCCUCCCCUUCCACCGCCGUGAUCUCGCCGCCGCGGCCGCACCACCGCCGGGCGCCGCUCGCUGUCCCUGAGGGCCAUCAGCCGCGCUCUCGGACUACCCUGCUUUGUCCAAUACUAGUGUGCCGCCCUCCGUCCACUGCAUCCGCGGCGCCGCCCUUGCGGGCGGGGAAAAAUCAGAUCGCGAUGCCUGCCUCGGCGCCUCCUCCGGCCGAGCCGCCACCACCGCCCCAGACCCAACCGGAUUCUACGGCGCACACGGAGGACGGGGAGGUGGAGGCGGGUGCCACGCCAACGAGAACUUCGGCGAUGGGGACGGUGAGCUGGGGCACCGCCACCCUCGUCGGUGUAUUCGCCGGGCUGCUCUACGGCGGGAGCAAGGAGGCCAACGCCUCCGUCAGCAAAGAUGCUGAAGUGAUGUUGAAGAUGGGAAGCACCACAGACAAGCGUGAGCAGUAUAGAUUGAUGAGAGAUGCAAUGGAGAAAAGAUUCAUCCGGGUAGCCAAAGGAUCACUAAUUGGUGGUGUUCGCCUUGGGAUGUUUACCGCAACCUUCUUUGGCAUACAGAACCUUCUUAUUGAGAACCGUGGGGUGCAUGAUGCAUUUAAUAUUGCUGGAGCUGGCUCGGCUACCGCAGCUGCAUUUGGGCUUAUAUUGCCAGGUUCACUGAUUUGGCGUGCAAGGAAUGUAUUGGUUGGAUCUGCUCUGGGUGCUGGAGUCUGCUUUCCCCUUGGUUGGAUACAGUUGAAGCUGGCAGAGAAGGCCAAUCUUGAGAUGGCAAAAUCAAAAUCAGCAGAUUUGGUGGGGGAACAAAGUAAUCAAAGCGGUGUUGGUGCCGCUAUAGAACGACUUGAGGGCAGUCUACAAAAGUAAAAAUAUUGGACCAUUGAAGGACCUUUUUCAUAUAACGUGUGUACGUUCCUCUGAAGACCGUAGGAGGAACCUGCUUCAUGAGCAUAACAAUUUUUUCUUCUUUAAAUGCACCUCAAGUGGUAAUGUUUUCAAACUUUGAAAGUAGUAACCGCAAGGGCCACGCGGAGCUUACAUUGUGAAAAUGCAGUUUUGAUGUAAAAUGGUAUCCGUUGGAUCUCAUGUCUGUGCGUAAGGUUCAAGUGCCUAUUUGUGUGUCGUCUGUGCCAUUAUGGGUGGUGCUGAUUGCUGAAGUUACCCUCUGCAAUCCUUCAGGUCACGAUUACCAUUUGUACUCCAGAGUUUUUCACGGAGAUUAAGAAGAGGCAAAAAGCUUCGUUUGCCCUUUAUUAAUUAUCGCAGUUGGUGGGGUGUGGAGUUGUGAAGAUCAUGGCCGUAGGGUUCCUCUUGAAAUACGAAUAGCUGUAUUUUAGAUCAAACGUUGAGCAUUAGGCUAUAUUUUAGGGUGAAUGGCCAAACUCUAAUACAUG